UGUUCUCAUCUUUACCAUCCCGAUUGUAUUCUCCCGUGGCUCUCCAAUCAUGAUUCCUGCCCCCUCUGCCGGUUCAAGCUCCCCUCCGAUGACCCUUCGGAUCACGUCAGUUGCAGAGGGGCGACGAUGGCCUUGAGGGCCCGGGACCUGAUGCAUCAAGAAGACAGUUAUGGGUUGAGGACUACUCUGCGGCACAUUGCCAGAAGGCAUAGUUCUAUUUUUACAGAGGCGAUACAAGUGGAUUCGUCUCAAUCGCCGACCCAGUUGGGGGAAGCGGAGAUGGGGACUGGGGAACAGACUGGCAGUGUUGAGACCGUUUCUAGUGUGGCCACUGAAGGAGGGAUUAUAAUUGUCAAUAGCAGUGGUGACGAAAAUGGAGUGGUGGGAAUUGACGGACCCAGAAAUGAGGAUGUUCCUACUGUAGUUUAGAAUAAUCAGAGGUUCUCCUUGAGUUUUGUUUCUGCCCAUUUGAGGUAAUAUAGUAGAAUAUGCUUGUUAGAGGAAUCUUAGAAAGCUACCCCAAGUAGAUGAUUGAUUGGAAGUAUACUGCUACCUCCUCCUCCUCCUUCUUCCUUCUCCUUUUUCAUCUUUGGUAACCAUGUCUCUACAUAAUAAGAUUUGAACCUUAUCUACAGUGUUAUCACCCAGCACUAGCAGUAUUUCCCUCCCUUCUUGCCCAAUUCUCUCUUUCAGUCAUGGUUUUGAGUCAAUGCAUAUAUCUAUAUAUAUAUAUAUAUAAAGCUCAGCAGUUUGAACCCUCUAGGAAUAGAUUCAAGAAUUUUAAUCCAGAUUUCUUAGUGUCCAUUCUCUCUACUUUUUUUCUUCUUUUACCUUCAAUGUUUGGUUUGUUGAGUGAAUAUUCCAUGAAGAAUAUAAUCUCUAGAGAAAAACAAAGGUCCACUUUGCUUGGAACUGUUAAAGGCAACCCACCAUUUUAUUCUGCAAAAAUGAUGAAAGAGAAUCACUUCUGUAACCUAUAAAGGAAUGUGCCAUGUUGGGGGAAAGAGACAAUAAAGGGAUGAAGCAGCUCCACAUAGACAUUGCAUUUGGAAAGAAAACAAGCAAAUCAAAAGAGGGACAGAUUAUUUGGCACGUGUAGUGCUAGUCAUUUUCCAUCGUCGUCUUCUCCAUGACUUCUUUUCGAUUUAACCUUUUUUUGCCUCUCAGGUCGAAAUCUGCCUUUUAAAUUGGAAUCUUUCAGAAAAAGCAGCAGAGAGAUGAACUGGUGAAACUUUUCAACUAGUAGAAGCUUUUUUUUUCUUUUUUUCCUAUGACUAAUGUACUGAAAGUGACGGGAUGAUAAUUAAGAAUCGUGAUUGAAAACAGUAGUUUCAGAAA